AAACCAUAUAUGUCUCAACAUUAAUUCUAGCUAUUAGGAAAAUGGGGAGUUGGAAUGUGAGCUUUGUGUUGCUCCUGCUAGUCUUCUUCAUUGCAGGUGCAGGUGUGUCCGUGUCUGCCCAGAGCGCAUCCAAUGUCUAUGCAUCCUACCACUACUACCAACCUGAGCAGCAUGCCUGGGACUUGAACGCAGUCAGUGCUUACUGUUCCACAUGGGAUGCCGAUAAGCCCCUUUCUUGGCGCAGCAAGUAUGGGUGGACUGCCUUUUGUGGCCCUGUUGGACCCACUGCCCAGGACGCUUGUGGCAAGUGCCUCUUGGUCACAAACACUGCAACAGACGCUCAGGCAACGGUGAGAAUCGUGGAUCAGUGCGGCAAUGGAGGCUUGGAUUUGGAUUGGGGUGUAUUCCAGCAACUGGACACUGAUGGCAACGGCUACAAUCAGGGCCACCUCACUGUAAACUACGACUUUGUCAACUGUGGCGAUUGAUAUUCUACUAAUACUUGCUAGUAAUUGUUCCAGAAUCCAAAUCACUAUCAAUAGACACGAAUAAAAUGUAUUUGGCUUCCCAAAUAAAAUGCAUUAAUCUAGAUAUCGAUUUCCACAAUCAAGGCCACCUUCUCAAUAAACUUCACCGACCUUAUUGGACUA